AUGGCGCGCCUUUCUCCCUUCGCAACACUCCUCUUCACAGCCUACGCAGGCGCAAACCUCGCCUUCAAGUCGAGACCCGAUCUCGCCGUGCCAGUGUUGAACAUCACCAUCCCUGCAACCAACGACACGGCAGAGGGUCUGAUUUUCUACACGCCAGAGAGCACCUUCGCAGACAACACCGGCCACGGCCCGGCACAGUGCGGCCCCUACAUCUACACAGAUAAAGGCGAGCUCGUCUGGUCCGGCUUUGGCUAUGUCGGUCCCAGAAGCGAGAACUUCCAAGUCCACGCCUAUCGCGGCCAGAAAGUUCUCGGGAUCUUCGAGGGCUCGCACAACUCGCCCAUGGGCCAUGGGCAUGGCCAUACCAGCCUCUUUGAUGAUCGAUAUCGAUUGCUGAAGCAAUUCACAGGCGGUGGUCACAGGCUCGCGGACCAGCAUGAGUUCCUUAUUUUCGAUAACCACUCGGCCGUGUUCACGAUCUUUGAUCCUGAGAUCGCGGAUCUGACGCCUUAUGGCGCGAAGUCAGAUUCCCAGCAGUGGAUUCUUGAUAAUAAGAUCCAGAAGAUAGAUACGAAUACCAACCGUGUUCUGUGGGAAUGGAGUUCCCUCGAACAUAUCGAUCCAGUCGGGACCAACUUGACCCUUGAAAGCGGCAACGCCGGUACUGGCGUGAACUCGAGCCAAGUCUGGCAUUACUUUUACAUGAAUGCGUUUGACGUCGACCCGAAGACAAACACCUAUCUCUUAUCAGCCCGGAGCAUGUGCACGAUUUUCAAGAUGGACGGCGACACGGGCAAAAUCCUCUGGCAGCUUGGAGGACACAACUCGAGUUUCUCGCUGGGCGACGGCGUGGAUUUCUGCUGGCAGCAUGAUACCAGGAUGCACGAGAAAUACUUGCAUUAUGAAUCCAAGGGAUCAAAGCAGAUUAUUUCAUUCUUUGAUAACUCCGCCCACGAGAAUCUUGCCGGUGGUCCCGAUCUGCAAGCACGCGCCUAUAGCGCCGGCAAGGUCGUCGAGCUAGAUACCGAGAAGUGGACCGCGAAAUUGAUCGCCGAAUUCCGCGUUCCGGGCGAUCUCUCUGUUCGGUCGCAGGGUAAUCUUCAGCUGCUCCCGAAUGGCAAUGCGUUUAUCAACUGGGGGUAUAAUGGAUUUAUGUCGGAGCACAAGCCGGACGGCACGACAAUUUUCUUGACCGGGUUGGAUUCCGGGAAAUUCGGUCCUGGAUCUGAAAAUUAUCGGGCGUUCAAGUUUGACUGGCAUGCGAAGCCGUAUGAAGAGCCUGCUCUGGUUGCUUUUACAGAGUCGAAUGGGACGUCGCUCUAUGUGAGCUGGAAUGGAGACACAGAGACGAACGUAUGGAAGUUCUUUGAAAAGAGUGACAGUGGGAAGAAGCUGUUGGGACAGACGAAGAGAAAUGGCUUCGAGACCAGCUUCCAUACCACUCGGAAGCCGGCCCAGGUUCUGGCCGAGGCCUAUGAUUCCCAUGGCCACCGACUCGUGGCUUCGGAGGUGAGGAAGUCGAGGGAGUACAAGCGUAAGCUGAGCUACUCAUGA